GCGGAGGGUAGCGUAAAAUGAAUCUGAGGCGGAAUAAAAGUCGACCGUCGGAGGAUAACUUCGCAAAAACUACUUAAAGACGGCGGUUGGAGCGCAGACACAGGCUCAGUCAUGCAUCAUGGGGACGAGUCCUUCCCAGCAGAGGAUGAUGGAACAAAGUACGACCUUCAGCAGCCACUUAUUCUGGAAAGAGUUGAGAGUGAAACAGAAAAAAAAUGGCAAACCAUCGUGUCUCAUCGGCUGAAGAAACAUUGCUCAUGCACACCAAAGAAAGUAAAAUCCAAAAUACUAGACUUUGUCCCAUUUCUGAGAUGGCUUCCACGGUACAAGCUCAGAGAGUGGAUUCUGGGUGAUAUUAUGUCAGGACUUAUUGUUGGAAUCCUGCUGGUUCCCCAGUCCAUAGCCUACUCUUUAUUGGCCGGUCAGGACCCAGUUUAUGGUCUCUACACUUCUUUCUUCGCAUCCAUCAUCUAUGCCCUCCUGGGCACUUCCAGGCAUAUCUCAGUAGGAAUUUUUGGAGUCCUCUGCCUGCUGGUGGGCCAGGUUGUAGAUAGAGAGCUGGCUUUGGCAGGAUACCUCACAGAAAGCAGCAGUAUCGGCGGUAACAACAGCCAAGUCCUGCUGGCUGGCCAGGGGAAUGGAAGCAGUGGGGUAGUGUGUGACAGGAGCUGCUAUGCAAUCACAGUGGGAGCAACGGUAACCUUCACUGCUGGGGUUUACCAGGUGUUAAUGGGCCUUCUGCAGGUUGGUUUUGUCUCGGUCUACCUCUCUGACUCCCUUCUCAGUGGCUUUGCCACAGGAGCCUCCCUGACCAUCCUCACCUCUCAGUUAAAGUACCUUCUGGGCCUGAAGAUCCCAAGACCCCAGGGCUGGUUCACUUUGUUUAAAAUCUGGUAUAGCGUGCUCACCAACCUCGGAAACACCAAUAUUUGUGACCUUAUCACCAGUUUGGUGUGUUUGGCUGUACUAAUUCCUUCAAAGGAGCUAAAUGACCGUUUCAAAGCCAAGCUAAAGGCUCCGAUCCCUUUUGAGCUUUUUGCAGUGAUAAUUGCAACACUAGCUUCUCAUUUUGGCCACUUCAACACAGAUUAUGGUUCAAGCGUGGCUGGCGACAUCCCUACAGGCUUCCUCCCGCCUCAGCUGCCCUCAUGGUCGCUGAUCCCACAUGUUGCCGUCGACGCUUUCUCCAUCGCCAUCGUGGGAUUCGCCAUCACUGUCUCGCUGUCGGAGAUGUUCGCCAAGAAGCACGGCUAUACGGUGGAUGCCAACCAGGAGAUGUACGCCAUCGGCUUCUGCAACAUUUUACCAUCUUUCUUCCGUUGCUUCACCACUAGCGCUGCUCUGCUGAAGACUCUUGUCAAGGAGUCCACAGGGUGCCAGACUCAGGUAUCGGGGCUGGUCAGCGCUCUCGUCCUGCUGCUGGUGCUUCUGGUUAUUGCACCGCUCUUCUAUUCCCUUCAAAAAUGUGUUUUAGCUGCCAUCAUUGUGGUGAACCUCCGUGGAGCUCUACGAAAGUUCACCGACGUUCCCCGCAUGUGGCGUGUCAACCGCAUCGAUGCCUCCAUCUGGUUAGUAACCAUGGCAACGUCAGCACUGGUCAACACUGAACUCGGACUUCUUGUUGGGGUUUUUGUUUCAGCCCUCUGCGUCCUGGGCCGAACUCAGCAAGUCCAAGUAAAGGAGCUGGGUCGAGCUGCCACAAGGGAGCAUUAUGAAUCUAUGUCAUCAUACCGCGGCCUUAAAAAGCAUCCCAGAGUGGCCAUUUUCAGAUAUGAGGCCCCGAUUUAUUACGCCAACCACACCCUGUUCAAGAAGUCUCUCUACAAGUGCGUGGGGCUCGACCCCGUGAGGGAGAAAACACGGCGUAUCAAGUUCGAGAAGAGAAAACUGCAGGAGUCUGGAGAAAUAUCAAAGUCGAAGUCAGAAAAGAGGGCUUGUAAAGAAGAUGAAGCUGAAGCUACCGUUACCUUGAUGUUUGAGGAGAAAGCUUCCCAAAGAUUGCACAGCUUAGUGAUUGACUGCAGCCCAGUCUUGUUCCUAGACACUGCUGGAGUGAACGCUCUGAAGGAGGUCCGAAAAGAUUACGGAGAAAUCGGGGUUGAAGUUCUCUUGGCUCAGUGUAGUACCUCAUUACUAGACAGUCUGGAAAAGGGGGAUUACUACAGCAGCAAAAAAGGUGGGGAUGUAGGAGAGAACAAAAUGAUAUUCUUCACCAUUGCAGAUGCCGUCCACUACAUUCAAAGAAUCUCCGCUCCUAACGGAGAUUGUGACAACUGCUAAAUAUAUAAAGUGUCUAUCCAGAUAUUUAUGUUUACAUAUGUGCAUAAAACACCUCAUCAUACAUAAGGAAACACCAUGGUUGCAGAUGUGCCUUGCUACAGUGGUUAUCCAUCAUCACGGCUGUAAAGUCUUAAUUAAAUGCACUUUCAGGAUGUUUAUAUCCAUCUUACAGAAAUGUUGCUGUAACAUAAAGUACAUAAAGUUUAGUGUCUGUUAUUUAAUGGGAAAUGGAAAAGUGGAAAAAAAGAUAUUCGCAGUGAGACUAUGCAGACCAAUCAUCUCUUUUAAUGACUGCACCCAAGGAUGCAGAGGAACAGCUUUUGAAUAUAAAUGUUAUUACUAUUUGUUUUGAGCUAGAGUUGGUAGAAUCAGACCCUAAAAUUUACACAACAAAGGAGAGAAUAUGAAAAGCAAAAUCUUGAGGAGGAUUUUGUUUUAAGGAUUUAUUUUAUUAGAUUGACUGGCAGUAGUUUUUCCAGUUAAGAUGCCGACAUUUAGCAAAGUGCAGGGUACCAGUGUUAAUUUCCAUUUGUAACCCAAUUAGCCUUGACUUUAACAUGUCUUAGUCCUGCAGGGGUCUAAGGAAAAAAGGUUUGGUGGGACCUGAAUCCAUCUGUAAGUAGGCCUGUCGUGAUAACAAAUUUUGCUGUGCGAUAAAUUUUCUCAAAUUAUUGCGAUAAGCGAUAAUAUAGCGCAAAGUGAUAAUGUUGUAAUUUUGAGACCAUUUUUAACUAAUACGACAAUACCAUAUUGCAAGUACACCCUUUCAAAGAUCAAUAAACUUUAAUUUCUAAAGAACAUUUUACACUGGAUCCGGAAG